AUGAGAGGAGGCAUCCUUGAAGUGCUUCUUGUUAAUGCUGAAGGCAUUAGACACACAAACCUUAUUGGAACCCCAUCGUAUUAUGUUGUUAUCGAAUGUGGAACUCAAGUACAUAGAAGCAAAGUAUCAUCAGGUGAAGAUGAUAAGGCUUGGUGGAAUGAAAAAUUCAUAUUUGAGCUCCCUUUGUCUGAUUGGAAAAACUUGACUCAUCUCAAAAUAAGAAUCAUGGACACAGAAUUCCUCAGAGAAAGUGCAUUUAUUGGUGAAACAAUGAUUUACCUUGGUGGAAUAGUUUUAGAGGGAGCCGACAGAGACUUUAUAGAAAUAAAACCGGCUCCAUAUAAUGUGGUGCUUGACGAUGAUACCUACGAGGGCCAGAUAAAGAUUGGGAUUAAGUUCAUUACAAAUGUAAGAAUUAAUGGCAAUAGAUUAAAGUCUCAUCGUAAUUCUUCUUGUUGAUUUUGCAUAAUUAAGCAGACACUAACUUUUGCAGAAAGAAGUAAAUGUAGUAGAGUCAAGAGAUAACAUUGAAGAGGAAAACGAACCAAGAAAAUCCAUAUGUAGCACCCUGGUCAAAUUAUGGAGAAUGUCGAGGGGAAGCUCUUGUUUUUCUGCAAACG